UUACUUAGGAAUUUUCUUAGAUAAGAAACGGUUGAACUGGAUUCAAUUUUUAUCAUAGCUUAUGUAAGACUGCCUCUGUCCCUCCUCUCACAUGCCAUUGGUUAACAAGCAGACAGUGUGUUCAGGGGCGUUGCCUGCUCAUUGGUCUUAUAGCCUGUGAGGGAGGAAGAAAGACACAUUUGCCAGUCAGGCCAGUGACAGAAAUGGAUUCGAAACAUCAGUGUGUGAAGCUGAAUGAUGGUCACUUCAUGCCUGUCCUGGGAUUUGGCACCUAUGCGCCUGCAGAGGUUCCUAAAAAUAAAGCUCUAGAGGCCACCAAAUUGGCAAUAGAAGCUGGGUUCCGCCAUAUUGAUUCUGCUCAUUUAUACAAUAAUGAGGAGUACGUUGGACUGGCCAUCCGAAGCAAGAUUGCAGAUGGCACUGUGAAGAGAGAAGACAUAUUCUACACUUCAAAGCUUUGGUGCAAUUCCCAUCGACCAGAGUUGGUCCGACCAGCCUUGGAAAGGUCACUGAAAAAUCUUCAAUUAGACUAUGUUGACCUUUAUCUUAUUCAUUUUCCAGUGUCUCUAAAGCCAGGUGAGGAACCGAUCCCAAAAGAUGAAAAUGGAAAAGUACUAUUUGACACAGUGGAUCUCUGUGCUACAUGGGAGGCCAUGGAGAAAUGUAAAGAUGCAGGAUUGGCCAAGUCCAUCGGGGUGUCCAACUUCAAUCGCAGGCAGCUGGAAAUGAUCCUCAACAAGCCAGGGCUGAAGUACAAACCUGUCUGCAACCAGAACCUUUUCCAGGUAAAUCGUAAAGAUGACAAUUGACCCCUAGAAACCUCUCCAAGCAUGUCACAGGAAUGAAGAUAUUCUCCCAGUUACAGUGUCAUUACUGUAUCUAAGAACAUCAUCUACAGCGCCCUCAUGUCAUUUGGUAUCCAGUCUAUAUUUGAAUUUUCCAUUGUUUAAUCAAAAUGUCUUUUGUAGCUCUUCUUUUUUUAACCAGAAUUCCGUUGUUUUCGUACCAUUGUAUUUUGAUAUCAGUUAACUGGUUUUUCCCAGUUAUUGAAGGUUUCUGUAAAUUAGAAGUUAGAUGAGAGUGUUUUAUUACAUUGGUUUAAACCUUUGGGGCAAGAAAAUGCUUUUAUCGUGCCUUGUUUUUCAAACUGCACCACACUAGACUGCAUACAAUCACAGAAUGCCCCACUAGCAGUGAAGCUAGUUUUAAAAACUUGGUUAAACUAACAAUGGUCAGAUCUGUUGUUUUUAACACGUUUUCUCUUUAACGAUUACUAGUAAUCUGCUGGGGGAUAAUUAUCGACAGAAUUCGUCAUAGUCCCAUCACAAAUUUUCACAUAUGAUUGAGUAUACAUCAGUGAUUUGAACUUUUUUGUAUUGUAUUUCUGUUUUCUUGUUUGUUAUUUCCUUGGGUUUUUUACAGAAAAUUUUCAAUUUUAACCACUUGUUUAACUACUCUUACCUGACAUUUUACUAAAAAUAGUUCUCAACAAGUAAAACUAAUAAACUAUUAUUCCGCUAAGUCCGGGUAAAAGUUAAUGUCUUCCUUCAAUUAGCAAUAUACUGAGAAUGUAAUUACUAUAAUGACCACCAUCAGAGUAGACAAAUAUUUGUGUUCUUUUUCUCAUUCUCUCACUAAUUACUAUAGACUCAUGGAUUUUUGUCCUAUGCUUUUUAAUUCAUUUUACUUAUUUUUCAAUGCUCAUAUCUACUCAGCAGGUAUAUAUGUACAUAUAUAUAUAUAUAUAUAUAUAUGAGAAAGAAGAAUUUGGUCAAAGACUCCUGAGGGUAGGUCUAAAAGACAAAAGCACUUGUUUCACAGGAAACCCACUGGUGACAUUUGAGAUGUCACCAUACAAAUCCAUCAUGCAAAAAGGAAAAGUAAUGAAAGAUUAUUAAAAGUAUCAGUAUUUAUACAUAUAUGUAUGUUUUCUAGUUCAUCCAUUAUAUAUGGAUAUAUAUAUGUAUCUCAUAGAUGGCAUUUAUGAUAUAUAUAAAAUAUGUUAGAUGAAUUAGAAAACAUACAUAUAUAUGUAUACAUUUUGGUUAUUAAUUAGGAAACUAGUCCUUUUGUCUUUCAGACCUGCUCUCAUGACUCUUUGACCAAAUUCUUGAUUUCUGGCGCGAUAUGAUGCCCAAAGCUCAAAGAAUCUUACCUCAUCCCAGCUCUGAAAUUGGCCGUGUCUCCUUCUAGUGGUCAGAGUUAGGGAGAAACCAGGAUAGGGUUCGUAGAGUUGCUUGUGCUCAGAAAUAACAUUUCUGUUUUCUUAGGAGAGAGGGGCAUAAAAUUUAUUUUUAUGAAAAAGAUCAUUUCUUGACAAUAAUAUUCUCAGUUCAAAUUUAAUGCUCUAUAUUAUUCGGCUUCUUUUACUUUGGUGAUUUUAAUAUUAAUACAAUUUUUGGAUUAUCUGAUGCUUUUCCAUCUUGCUCAU